UGGAGAUCUAUGGUAAAGCCAUCAUAACACCAUAACUCCAUAAACCCAUGAACUUGUUACUCACCGUAUAACUCACAAAGUAAAACUCUUGACUCCUUGCAUCAAAAGCAUGCAUCGGGGAGUACAACAUGUAGAGUACAUUCAGUACAAUCAAUCCAAUCCGUUAUCACCACCCACCGAGCGUCGAGUUUCAGGCCGCCGCACAGCGUUGUCGUGCUCUCCCUCACCGAAAGGAACGUAUAAGGCAGGAGUCUUCAUCCCUCUCUCCGCAUCUAGAUCGGCACAGGUCUGUGGAUGCGGAGGCUGCGACAGGACCGUCACCACCGACCCUUCGAUAAUUUACUAUGGGCAUUGGAGCCUCGCACCGUCCUCCGCCGCCGACGGGGGAAGGCGCUCGAAGCCCUGCGACGGCGAGAGAAGCGAAGAGCGCUCCCGCAAAAUGGGAGACGACGAACAGGGUUUAGCCGCCCACGGCGAGUGACUCAGCGGCUGGGAUGUUGUGGGCUUGUGGGCGCGAAAUUGGCGAGACAUGUUCGUCCGCCGCCUUCCGCCGUGGGCCAUCUAAGGUUCCUGUAUGGGCGUGGGUGUUUCUGUGGGUUAUGUUAGUGUUAUGGUGCGGGUACGGGUGAUGGCUAGGCGCACUACGGACUUAACUGGCGUAUCCGAGUAUAGUAUGGGUCCGUAUAGGAGUUCCGGUUGGAUUGGCUUUAUUCUGUCUGCUUGUAAACGAGAUUGAGUGGAUAUGUCAGCAAGAUGGGCAUAACAUAAUAUAAAGGACUUUGACCAUU